UUUUCCCCCUAACAGAUUAAAAUUCAAGAAUUAUAGACCAGGCACAGCAGAUUCUUGACAUGGAGAACAAAGCCCAUAAUACAACAGGGCUGAAGUUUGAGGCCUCAAGAGCUACCUGUUUAACUCGUAUGGACAAUGGCUGGGUUUAUGCCAGGUCCCUGGGAAUGCUUCAGCUGCUCUGAAGGAGGAGAGCCCUGCCCUGGGAUCACCCAACAAGCUGUCUUCUCAUGAGCCUCUGGUCUAUAAUCCUAACAACUACCAAGAGUCUUGUUUCAAACACAACAGACCCUCCAAGAGCCCAGACAUUGCACCUAUCUGAGUUACCAGUAUCCCCUUUGUCUAAAGACUUAUAUGACUCUGCCCACACCUACCUGAUCAGAUUCCUUCCAGACACCAGCCAGAUGAUUCCAGGCUCCCCUCCUGGAGGAGAAGCACUGUCGUUCAGAGCUUCUCCUUGUGAGGCUGAACUUCAGGAAUUAAUGGAACAAAUUGAUAUCAUGGUAAGCAACAAAAAACUGGAUUGGGAAAGGAAGAUGCGGGCCUUGGAGACACGAUUAGAUCUUCAGGAUCAAGAGUUGGCAAAUGCACAAACUUGUCUGGAUCAGAAAGGUCAAGAGGUGGGACUACUUAGACAGAAGCUGGACAGUCUGGAAAAAUGUAACUUAGUGAUGACUCAGAAUUAUGAAGGCCAACUACAAACUCUGAAAGCUCAAUUUUCCAAACUAACAAAUAGCUUUGAAAGACUGAAAUUACACCAAAUGAAACAAAACAAAUUUCAACGAAAAGAAUUAAAGCACCCUGAAGAAGAAAUACCCUUUGAACUGAGCAACUUGAACCAGAAAUUAGAGGAAUUUAGAGUGAACUCCAGAGAAUGGGACAAGCAAGAGAUACUAUAUCAGACUCAUCUGGUUUCUUCAGAUGCUCAACAAAAAUUAUUAUCUGAGAAGUGUAAACAAUUUCAGAAACAGGCACAAAGUUACCAUACUCAACUAAAUGGUAAGAAACAGUGCACAGAAGACAGCGGCUCUGAAACUCCUCAGCUGAUUCAUGAACCAGAUCACAGUUUUGAAAAUGAAAGAGAUGAGUUCAUUAUUGAAAAAUUAAAAUCAGCUGUGAGUGGAAUAGCAUUAAGCAGGAAUAAGCUACAAGAUGAAAAUCAGAAGCUCUUAAAAGAACUGAAAAUGUACCAAAGACAGUGCCAGGCCAUGGAAGCAGGACUCUCAGAGGUGAAAAGUGAGUUGCAGUCACGUGAUGAUCUCUUGAGAAUUACAGAAAUGGAACGACUGCAGUUGCAUAGAGAAUUAUUAAGAAUGGGAGAGUGCCAAAAUGCUCAAGAAAAUAAAAAAAGACUUGAAUCAUCUUAUUUACCUCCUCCUAAAGAACCAGAAAGGAAAAAGAAAGAGGUGUUUUCAGUGACCCCAGAUAAACCAAAUCAUGAAAAAGAAUUGAGCAAGAUAAGAAGCCAACUCUAUCAGGAGGAAGAGAACCGCAGCUCUGAGCGGGAAAGAAUGAGGCAUGAGAUCUGCGACCUAACAGAGGAGCUUCAUCAGAAGGAUGUCACUAUAGCAACAAUCACGAAGAAAGCCUCCCUUCUGGAAAGACAGUUAAAAAUGGAAUUAGAAAUAAAAGAAAAAAUGUUAGCAAAACAACAGGUCUCAGGCAUGAGGUAUAAAGCCGUCAGAAGUGAAAACACACAUCUAAAAGGAAUGAUGGGAGAUUUAGACCCGGGACAGUACAUGACAAAUGAAAUUACUGAUAUUAAGGGUAUGGGCUUCACUAACAGGGAACAUUCAAGGCAUGCAUCUGUUAACAAACUGGAAUAUGAGAAUGAAAGGCUCCAAAACGAUCUUGCAAAACUCCACACCAGUGUAAAAUCAGCAUGGGCUAAUCAAAAUACUUGUGAAGAAACAGGACGGUACACCUACCACAGCCAAAUAAAAAUGGAAAAAGAUGAAGAUAGGCUCAGCCGAGAUCGCCAGCCGAACAGAAGCACAACGCCCCUGUCGCCGCCUUUGCCAUUUCAAACCAAAGAAAUGACAAGUCCUUUGGUUGGUGAUGAUGAACUAUUCCCAUUGAUAUUGCUACAUCUUUUAAAAUCCAAUCUGGGAGGACUGUACGAGGCAGGGAACUUCAGUGACUCCAGAGAAUCUGAAUGGAUGAAAUAGAUGGGCUGAACUUUGAGUGAGCCUGUAAUACAGUGAGAGGCAGAGAUAUUUCAAGGUGGAAGGUCUUGUAAAAGGAGACACGAUGGCUUCCUUAAUUUACUCCAGUCCAAACAAGUUGAUGGCUUGGGGGUUAGGUCUAAUCCCAAAAGGUUUAAUAUACUUCCUGAAAGAGUUUAAAUGAUCAACAAGUGGCCAGCUUUGCCUUGUUUCAACUGAAAAAAGAAAAUUCACAGGCUGGAGAAGUUUCCUUCCCAGGAGGGUUCAAAGACAGACAGCCUUCAUCUAAUGAGGGGGAAGUGAACAAGGGAAGGAGAGAGAUCUUUAACCAUGACAUUACUGACCCAAAUGCUUGUUCUGGUCUACAUUCCUUAAAUUAUUACUCAACAGUUCAAGGGAUUAAAAACUUUUUGAAAAGACUGGCUCCUUUCCACUUUCUACAGAACUGGCAGGUAGGGAGAUGAUACAGAUGACCCAAAUGAAAUACACUGAAGUCAGACACAUUUGCCUUGUAAUGAGAAAACACUCAAACAGAAGAGGACAGACUGGCUACAGGACUACACAAAGAGCCAUAAGAAAAAUUAAGCCUAACAGAGUGGGUGAGGCAAGAUGUGUGUGCAUCACUGUUCGUCUUGAUCUUUGAAGCCCAUGGAGAAAAGUGGAACAGGAACCCAGAGGAUGUGCAAACGCUUAUCCAGUUCUUGUACAGAUAUUCUGAAAGGAUCAAGAGGAAGCUACUCAUAUAGUUCCUAUCCAAUCAUUUUUAAAGUUUAAAUAUUAAAAAUUUUUUAGUAUCUCAUUUUUAAUAUUUAAGCAAGUCUAUGGCAAAUAUUGUAGAGAACACAGAAUUAGACAGUUUCUAACUUUAGAACCUAUUAGAUGAUUCCUGGGAAAAAAAAACUGCAUCCAAAGGCAGGCAGGUACCUUCAGGUGACAGACCAUGGGAAGCAUUUUCAUUACAGGACCGUAAACGCUAGAGAUAUACAUAUGUACACACACACACACACACACACACACACACACACACACACAUUUGAUGGUAAACUUCCCAAAAGAAAUCUAAGGCCCAUAAUUUCAAGAGAUUUUCUUCUUUUCUACCUCUAGCAAGUAAAUAAUGAUGUGUAUUUCUUUCCGGGAAAAGGGAAGAACAAUCAUCUCUUUUGUUUUCCUAACAACCCUGAGGCAGGUGUUACCCUCUCCAAUUUAAAGAUGAGUCUGGCUGCAGUUUUUCUUCCUAAUAGCACAUGAAGGAAAGAUGGAUGUGAGCUGCUCUGUCUUUAAAUUGACUGGGAGAGAAAGAGGGGUGUCUGCUGCUCUGUCUUUAAACUGACUAUAGGGAAAUGGAAAUUUUAUGGCCAGUAUUCUCAUUUGAUCUUAAUAUCACCCACUGUAUACAUGCAAUGACAUAAUACUUAACCUACUUGCAUAUCCUUUAGAAGUAAACUAUUUAUAGCCAAUAGUGCUUUAAGAAGAGAAGCCUAUGUCUCGGAGCCCUGUGCUAGGAAGAGAGAAGAGAACAGGAAGAGAGAGGGAAGCAGGAGAGGGGAGAGCAGAGCCUGAUGCUAACAGCAUGAGGGAAUGGAGCUGGGGCCAUGAGCGAAGGCAGCACCAGGGCAGCAGAGCCUGGAGCUGGGGCCAGAGACUAAGACGGGUGGACAGGAGUUUGGCACUCAAUCUACUCAUACCUUGGUAUGAGCUGCCCCUUUUUACCUCCAACAUUCCAUUGUUAUUAUUUGGUCUCCCCAAAUUCAUAGUGAACUUGCCCAGAGCGAGGAGCCCCCUCCUCCUGGAGCAACACUGACCAAGAAGGAAAGAUGGGUAUGUGCUGCUCUGUCUUUGAACCGACCUGGAAGGAAUUAAAGCUGGUGGCUUCAGAGCCCACAAAUACACAAACAUAUCUUGAUAUCAUGAUUUUUUUAAAUAUAAAGUGAUAUCUUUUAAACCAAUGACAAUGGUUUCUAACCUAAUUCCUAUUUGCUCUUCAAGAAAGUUAGGCUCAGUAUUGAGGACUCCAAAAGCCAAGAGCCCUAGAUCCUACCACAGAACCUAGCAUGGCUUUCUGUGAAACUCCUAGUAAAUCAUUCAGUUUUGCCUGGAAUCCAUUGAGUAACUGGGGAUAAUUUGGAAGCUGGUGUCUCAAAUCAUUACCCAAUGUACCCAAAUGGGAGUAUUAUUUACCUUAAGAAUUGUUCAAUUCCACCAAGUCCACAGUAAACUAGCAUCUCAUCCCUGCCAGGAGGUGGCUCACAUCAAAGUUGUGUUAACUUUCAAGAGUACAUUUUUAGCCUGCUUUCACCAAGCCUGUCUAGUAAUUGCCUUCUCCUAAAAACCCAGUCCAAAUUCACUAGGCCUCCUGAUGGACAACAGAGAAAAACAGUGGGUGAAAAUAAGAGCCAGGUGCACCUAAAGGAUCUACUAUUCCGUGUGUGGGUUAAUGUCAGGCUGGCAAGUCAAGCCUUGGGAGGAAAGCCUUGAUGUAUAUUCUGGGAGGGUUGAACACACUGACAAGAAAGAAGGGAAUGGUCACUUAGUGAAUGUCUACAAGGUACUGGGCAUGAUGUCAUGCCUGUUUCCUAUUUCAAUUUAUCCUCCCAUCAUCCUCUAUAGAGUAAAAUAAACCUUGACAGAAGCUGAUAAAUGGGGGGCAGCUGCAGCUUAGGCAGUGGGAUCUGACUCAAGUCAUUUGGCUGGAAAGGGGUUGAGUUAGGAUUCACAUAUGUCUCUGCUCCCCAAAGCUCAUGUUCUUCCCACGUCAUGCCCAAGAUAUCCUAAGUAAAGUGUUUUAAUAAGGAGCCAUGGAACACAUAUUUCUCCUUGAUUGUCCCUGGGGUAAGGCUCCUGUUCCUCCACAAGAUGAGAGAUGGGGUGAGGCAUGAGAUACCCCAUGGGUGAAGUUGAAUUCACAGCUUGUUCGUCUAAGGCUGUUGCAACUAUUACCAUGAAGACUGUUUGCACACACCUCGCCAGGAAAGGUUUCUUUACAUUGGGAGAGUGAAGAGAAGUGUUUAUUAAGAGAUAAUAAAUCUUAAUGGUGACAUGCAUGGAUUCUGGAGCCAGACUGUCUGCGUUUAAAUCCCUUCCCAUUUUCUUGCAGAGCAAACCAAAGUGUGUGUGCAUUGAGGUGUCUGGUGUGGGGAGUGGUAGAGAUGACUGGGCAGGAGUGGUCAUGUGUUGGGGUUUGCUAAAGCUGGUCAACUGGUACAUGAGGUGAUUUAUUCUACUUUUGUAUGUUUGAAAUUUCCAAAAAAAAAGGCAUAAAAAUAAGCAAACCUGGGCUCCUCCACUUACUAGUUGUAUAACAGUGACAAGUUUCUUGGACUGCCUCAAUUUCCUCAUCUGUAAAAUUGAGUAUUUAGAGUACCUACCUCACAGAGUUGAAUGAGAAAUAAAAGAAUUAAUACAUGCAACAUGCUGAGCUACUAUGACUCUUUACAGAAUAACCACCACAUCCAGGUCCCAGACUUGGCUUUACAAAUGUACUACUAUUUCAACUGAUUCCUCCAAAAAUCCUAUGAGGCAAGAUAACUAUUUACAAAGAAUUGGACUCAGUGGGGUUCUGGCAGCAAAACCUUCAUGAAAUCCCAGGUUUCUUCUAAUACCUGUUUUCUCUUAGAUGGUCUACUUCCCUAAAAGUAACUUAACCAGUUACCCGCAGGUGGGGAAACUGAGGUGCAGUGGGUCUGAGUGAUCCACAGUUCUGAGGGGUAGGCUGGGAACUAAACGCAGAACAGGAGGUUACACAAGCAGCCUGGCUCUUUCUACCAGAGAGGACAGACUGUCUUCUCACCAGCCUCCCACCUCCUCCCUUGGGGCAAGUGGAGGGAGGAGCCGGCAUCCUGUGUUUCAGUGGCCCUGAGGCCACCAUGAAGAGCAGGUCUCGGGGGCAGGAGCCUUCUGUGUUUCUCAGACCAACAAGUACCGUAAGAGAACCAACUGAGCGGGGAGUGGGGGACGGAAACCUAAGAGGACCUCUACGCUAGCAGCAUCCACAUUAGAUACCUACUUUAGCCAAUCUCCUUCCACGGUGGGGGGGAGGGGUGGUGCGGGGGGUGCCGUGAGCGAGCAGCAGGGGGUCUGCCUCUGGGAUGGGCUCUCAGCCCUGCCUCAUUCUGGGACCUCCAAGCAUCAGCUGGAUCCUCACUUUCAGCAGCUGCUUGUCUUCCUGAGAGACUCACUCCAAGAGACCAUGUCCCCAAUAACAGCCUGUGCCAUCACUGAGCGAGCCACGCAGACAAUGAGAUUAGAAGAGUGCUUCUGUCCCCACAAGUCUCCCUGUGAUCGGCAAUGACAGGAGAACAGACACAGUCUGAACAGUUACCAUGAAUCUGGCUUCCAACACGGGGCCACUCCACCAGGAAGCAGGCCCAGGGCUAGUGAAGCCCUUAGAGGACAAUGAUGCAACCCUGCCUGCAAGGCCAGGCUGCCUCAAAACCUCAGUGGGGCUGCCAACACUCUGCAUCCUUUCAGCCCCAGCAGAGCCGAGGCUGGCCUCUACCUCCAGGACCACCUUUGGGCGACUGUUUGCAAACUGGUGUAAAAAGCACUUAUGGUCAUAGUCCAAUGAGAACUUUUAUUUUGCCAAAACAGACCAAUUAACACACGCUUCCAGUCUCUCUCAAGAUUCUCUCAGCCAUAAAAGGAUCCAGACAAAAAGCACAGUUUUCCUGGCAGGGAGUCACAGCAAGGAGCCAGGGAUGGGGAAUAGAAAGCCUCAGGGGAGGUGGGGUUGGGGGAGA